UGACGUAAGUGUAGUAGCGCUGAACAUGAUUCAAACGGGACGUAAACACACGCACCCGGGACACUCAACGGAAUCGGACAGCUCGCUUGACACUUUGUGAAUAGUUUAAGAGGACAUCAUCAGACUGGUCAAUAGGUUUUCACAUUAUUUAAUGACGAAGUGAACUUUGUCACAGUGGAAUGUAUUUAUGAGAACGAUCAAAGGACACUGACUCAUAUUGGGAGGCAGGACGUGCAAUGAUGUUUAGGACAUGAAGUCACUAUAUUAGAGCAACAUGUGUUGCGCUGGCACGAGUUAUUUUAGCUGCACGCGGAGCUCCCAGACAGUGACAUACUGAAUAAAACGGCAUAUCAGCAAUAAUACACGUCCUAAAAUGAUCUCGGAGGAGAGAAGCGAUUACAUCUCUAAACAAGCUUUCGGCUUCCCUGUUGGGUUAUUGAUCCGCUCACCCAAGAGGCGCCUGGCAAAGCUGGGCAUAAAGACCAGCAAUGGAUCUCUACAAUCCAACACAUCUGAUAACAUUGCUGAAUCUGUGGAGAGCACUGGGGUCAGGCAGCCGGCCAAGAGCAAGAUACGCCAACACAACAACAACCGACUGGCCACAGUGUUUAACCGAAGUCCUAUCCUGAGAGAUACUGGGCAAUGUCAGGAGGGCAGAACCCUUGCCCUGGACUUACAAGCGGUGGACGACCCUUCAGAGCUCUCCAGUCAGAGAUCUGUACCAGGGAUCCUCAAGUUAUUUGGCAGCGACAUUUGUCAAGGGGCCAACUACAAGAGUGUGCUGGCCACCAGUCACUCCAGCGCAAAGGAGCUGGUCAAAGAGGCUCUGGAGAGGUACUGUUUGGAAAAAGAAGACCCCAGUGCGUAUGUGCUCUGCGAUGUGAUUGGCCAAACUGGACUGGACAAUGAGUGGAAGACAGAGUGCUUUCGCAUUGUCGGUGACCAUGAGAAGCCCCUUGUGCUGCAGUCGUUAUGGAAACCCAAAGAGGGAUUCUCCAGGCGUUUUGAGAUCCAGAAAACAUCAAGUGUGGAGGCACAAAAUGCCAAGGAUGCUGACACCAUCACUGCAGGCCUCAAUGCACAGAUGCGAAAGCUGCAGAACACUCGUUCACGAGUCACCUCGCUGUUUGUUAAUGGGACGGGUGAUGCUGUGGAUGCUGUGGGCAUGUGGAGGAGCUUGAGUAACAUGGAUGUGUCCACUAUGGGGAAAGAUGCCAGUGAGGCCCAUCAUGCAUCUCUACAGGAGGAUCCAGAAGCAGAGGCUGAUAAAGACGCUCACCAUCUCAAUGCAGCGAAAGAAGAGACAGAGAGCAGUGAUGACAACCACACACAAUACUCCAUCCACCUGCCUUUAGAUUUCCCAUACUUUCUUCUACUGCAGGGAUACAGCCACAGACAGGACUUUCUCAUCUAUCUAAUGAGUGGAAACAGAUGUGUAUUUGGCUGCUCCAAUGAAUCCACCUCUGGUAAAGACGAGGAGACGUUAAAGGUAGACGUUCUACUCUUUGCCCCCGAUAUCCUGCCCCAACACUGCUGCGUACAGCGCCUGGAUGCCACCAAUGACCAUUCCAAGGAUGGUAGCAAGAUGCUAACCAAGCUUAGACCCUUCCACGGCGCUCACGUGUCACACAAUGGCGUCCCGCUUGAUGAAGAGGUGGAGUUGUGUCCGGGAGACCUGGUGGGGCUCGGUCAACACUAUCUCUUUAUGUUCAAAGACCAUACUGUCUCUGGAGCUUUCCAGACCCCAUCCUGGAUGUCCACCCUGUGUCCCCCUAGCACGACGGCCUCAUGUAAACUGUGUGGAUCCUCCAUAUUAAGGACAAAGCCCCUUAAAGCGGUGGCACGCUGGAGGGACCUGGACGGUAGAGUGGUGUCACUGUCCUACCAGCUGCAGUAUGAAGAUCAGGUCUUUGAGAAGAUUCUCAGUAUGGUGGACCCAGCAGAAGAACCCAAACUCACUACAGCGUUUCUGAUGUGUCUUUGCAUUCAGCAGUCGGCCACUAACUUUGAGUUGGUUCACCUGCGGAAAUUACUGCUACGUAUCGCCAGUCAGGUCCAGCUCACCAUUUGGGAAAGAACAAAGGAACUUACAGUUCAGCAGCCGGACAUAAGCUCCAGUGAUGUCGAGCUGGACUCAGUGGAGCUGCAUAUGUUAAACGUGAAGGAUCUGAUCUCAGGCUUGCAACCAGUAGUACUGUGGAUGUCCAACUCAAUCGAGCUGCUACAUUUCAUCCAGCACGAGGUUCCUCUGCUCUUAUCAUGGAGACAGCAGGACACUCAGGAACAGGACAAAGAAUUGUUAGAUUCUCAGAUCCAGUCCACACGUAUUGCCAGUGAGGAGGCCAUGACAGUGCUGGAGGAGGUCAUCAUGUUCAGCUUCCAGCAGUGUGUCUAUUAUCUCACCAAAAGCAUGUAUGCUGUGUUACCUGGGCUGCUGGACAGUAAUCCCUUCUCUGAGAGUGGUCAGCUGCGCAUGCCUGCAGCAGUCAGCCAGAUCCUGGACGUGCUGAAGCAAGCACUGCAUCUCCUCAACACGUUCCAGGUGCACAGUGACAUCACAUCUCAACUGUUGGCAUACCUGUUCUUCUUUACAAACGCAUCGCUGUUCAACGCACUCAUGGAGAAAGGGUCUGGAGGUGGGUUCUACCAGUGGUCUAGAGGAGUCCAGAUCCGGGCAAACCUGGAUUUGCUCAUGGAUUGGAUACAGAGCAUUGGAUUGGCCGAUCUGGCUGCAGACUUCUUCCAGAAACUUUCCUCAGCCGUCAACCUCCUCGCUACUCCCAAAGAAACCCUAAUGCAGGCUUCAUGGUCGUCUCUGAGAGCUGAGUUUGUUCAUCUGAACCCCGUACAGCUGCAUCAUAUGUUAAGAGAAUAUAAUACUGGCCGGACAUUUCCUCCCUGCUGGAGCCCAUCUACAGAAGACACUGAGGCGUCCCUCCAAACCUCUCACAUCCUGGAGAGUUUUGACAGCCAUCCUCCUCUCAUCCUGCCCAACGCCAGCUUUCAUCUGGAGCUGGGCAGUCCCAUCACAGAUUCAGGACUGUUCACUCCACUUCAGCGACUGCAGGAGUUCAUUGACUCCAUCACAGAUGGACAAUUACUGCCUGAUGCUCAGCACCCACAGGGCUCAUGCAGUGACUUGACUGAAGAGACACGGUCCAUAUCAUCUCCUAUAGACUCACCACCCAACUGCCACACCCCUCAUAUAGCGUAUGAACCAAUCAGCAUCCGGGAUUCAGAGGCAAAGUUCAAGCAACAUGUUCCUGUGACACCACCUCAAUUUCGGGGGUCUCACAGCAAGCUGAGUACAUGUGAGGCCGUCCUGACCCAGAAACUCAAGUGCUUGGAGCUCCACAACAUCCUGCCGGGGGGCACUGACCUGGGUUACCACAGGAGCAUGGCCCUUGACCCCUCCUGCUUACUCACACCUCCCAACACCCCGCAGAGUCUCGACCAAGCCGAGCUUGAGGCCACUCCGCAUGAAGGUGCUGCCCAGCCGACCACAAACCACCAAAGGAAAGUGGGAAAUGGCCUCACGGGAAGCACAGCACACAGAAAGGAUGAAGAUGAGGAUGAGGUUUUCACUGUAGAGCUGAAGAGAGGACCUCAUGGUCUUGGGCUGGCGCUUGUGGAUGGAAUGAAAAGUCCACUGCGGUUGAGUGGGAUUUAUGUUAAGUCUAUAGUGCCGGAUUCUCCAGCGGCACUCCGCCAGAGACUUCGAGUGGGUGACCGCAUCCUCGCUGUGAAUGGAAUCAGUCUGGUGGGCAUGGACUACCACAGUGGAAGCGAGCUCAUCCGGACGUCAGGCGAUUCGCUCCGACUGGUAGUGGCGAAAACUGAGUCGAGGAGCAGCGCCAGGAGCUAUAUCACCAGAUGCUAAAAAAACAAAAACACUCGGCCGGACAGUUGACUCCACCUUUGAUCUAAGGACUGUAGCAUUGGGCAGAUCGAUCUGGUCAAAUCUCAGGCACUCGGACAAUUUUGUUGAAACCAAAGGAAAAGUGAUCCAGAAUGGAUUAAAUUACACUUAUAUUUGUGUUGUUGUUUUGUUGUAGCUGCUGCUGGCAGUCUUUCCAUCUCUGGCUUUUCAGCCAAAUAUUAGAUGUCCCAAAAUCUCAAAUGACCAGAUUUUUUUUAACUUUUAUUUUCUUUCAUAAAUGUACAGUAUUAAUUUACUAGAAUGGGCAUUUUAAGUUGUUUACCAGGGUUUUAUUUCCAUUUAGUAUCUGUGAUUUGUAUGUGUAGUGUUUCUGGUUUAGGAAGAAAUAGCUGUGGUCCAGACGGGGCUAUUGCUGUAUCCUUACAGCUCAUACCGGCGGGGAAAAUUAUGUGUUUCAGCCACAUUUUCUGUUCAUAACAUCUAAACAUUAGUGUAAAUAUAGUCAAAUAGGUUAGUAAUGUCUAUAUUUGUAGUAUUGAAACAAACUAUCACUUUGAACAUGCAUUGUUGGUUAUAUGAAAGUACUCAAGUAUUGUUUUCAUUUUGAUGUCAUAUUGAUAUUACUUGUAUGACUCUCACCAUCAGUGCCAGAGAAACUGUUAUAUUUUGUCAUCAGUCAAAAAGCAUUUGGUUUAUAAUAUUUAUAUUGGUACGUGUUAUUAUACAAGUGGAAUACAUUUUAUUGAGUGAUAUUUAUUUUUUAAAGAAAAGAUAUUAACAGAGUUUUUUGUUAUUAUAGAUAUGACCAUUGUUUGGUUUUCUUCCAUCAUUGCUUCCAAUUGAAAUUCAUUGAUACUAUCUUUGGUGUUGUCUUUGCAUAUUAGUGUAAGAUCAAUAAUACUAUUGCAUAAUCAUUCUGGAAAAGAUGCUCAAUUGCAGAAAUACGGUAUACUUUUUUGUCCCAUUACUUUUUAAAGCAUUAAAAGCACAAAUCCCAUGUUUUCUGUUGUUAUAUAAGAUAUGUUAGACAAACUAUUAUCUAACAUAAUAUCA